UCAACUUGGCGUUUCAAAAUAUUGCUUUUAAGGUGGUUGUUUUUGUAGCGGUAAGCAAUUAAAUAAAAUAUCAAAGAUACGUAACAGGUCACUAAUUUGUGAAACAACUUAAAAAAAUGGUGUAUUUGCACUUUACUUCAAAUUUGACAGAAGAAGAAUUAAUGCUGCAAGCAAAAUAUCAAAAAUUAAAAAAGAAAAAGAAGGCUCUACAAGCUUUAAAAGCACCCAAGCAAGAGCCUGAAAAGCCUAUAUUACCUAAACGACCAACCGAGGCACGAGAUGCACGAGAAAUUGCUCGGAAGCUAAUCAAAAGUGGUGCAAUUCAAGCUAUCAAAAGCCCACCUCCUCAACCACAAAAUGCUACUUUUAAACGUCCUCGUGCAGGUAGGGAACGGAAACUUAGUGGAUCAGCAGGUGCCACAGGAGGUGUAGCAUCAUAUCAGCCCUUCAGUGCUUCACAAGAACCUCCGCCACCAGAAGAGAAACCAUCUCCUCGUGUUAAAUAUCUAUAUGAUUCAUUUGUCACUGCCAGAGAGAAAGAAGAAAAAGCUACUCGUAACCAAGGUGGUGAAACUCCCAAUUCAAAUACAUCAAAGAGCUGCAUGGUACAAGUAACAGGUGCCAAUAUAACAGAGGAAGUAAUAAGGCGAAGACUAACUACAUUUGAGCCAUUCACAUAUGUACAGGAGGAUGAUGAGAAGGUAUUAUUAACAUUUGAAACGCCAGAUUUGGCAUCACAUGCUCUAGCAGCUAUGGAAGAUUCCGAAGAAAAUUGGCGAGCAACAUUGACUCGGCGUCCAUCUGCAGGAACUUGGGCGACGGCAGCGGCUUCUGCACGAAACGCUCCAGCGCCUCCAAAAGACACAAAACGGACUCUUUUAACCUACGAUGAUAUAUUUGAUUAAUUUGAAAUUAUUACAAUAAAAAA